UAGGUAAGACAAUGCUAGGUAAGAGGAAGAGCCCACAGAGAGAUCUGCUGUCAUUCUGGGCAGUGCCAGCCCCCCCUUAUGCACCCCCGGAAAAUGAGAGUGCAGAGGGCACAGAAGAAAUGGAAGAUAAAGCGAGAUCAGAAGAGAUUGAGGACAGUGAGGGCGAAGAUUUUGAUUGUAUACAAAUUGAAAACACAGAGACAGAAGAGCCAGCAGAAAAAAAUGUGGAGAUAAGAAUAAAUUCAGGGAAGAAGCAGAAGGCCAAAAGUGGAGCAGCCCUCUACAGGUGCACUUUUAAAAGGGAGUGGACAGCAGAAUGGCCCUUCAUUAGUGUAGGCACAACCACCGCCUACUAUUGGUGCUCUGUUUGCCGACAUGAGAACAGCUGUGCCCAUCAAGGCAAGGCUGAUGUCGCAAGGCAUAUCAAAAGCAAAAUACAUCGUUCAAAAGAACAGGCAGCACAGUCAACAGCCAGCAUUGCACCAUAUUAUGGCCCAGCCACUGUUGGUGGCAUGACAUCUCAGGAAGUCAAGACAAGGAGAGCUGAGGUAAAGUUAGCAGUGUCGAUGGUGGAACACAAUGUGCCAUUUGCAGUAGCCGAUCACUUCAGCCCAUUGCUGAAAGAAUGCUUCAAAGAUUCCCCUACUGCACAGAGCUUCAAGGCUGCCCGCACAAAAAUGUCCUGCAUAAUAAAUGAAGCAGUGGCUCCUCACUUUAGAAAGGAACUGGUCAUGAAGAUGAGGACCAAUCCUUUCACGUUGAUCACAGAUGGAUCAAAUGAUACAGGACGUGAGAAGAUGAACCCGCUCACUGUGCGGGUAUAUGACAGUGAUCUCAGCAAAGUUGUCCACAGGUUCCUGGAUAUGUGCCCCACCAGCGGGCCAAACUGCGGCACAGCUGAAGUCAUCUACAAGAAGAUGGAUGAGGCCAUGCAGAAAAACGCCAUACCAUGGAGAAACUGUGUCAGUCUGUCAGUUGAUAAUGCCCCUGUCAAUACAGGAGCAAGGAACUCCAUCGCAUCCAGAGCUCAUCAAGAACAUGGCAGUAUCUACAUCCAUGGGUGCCCUUGUCACAUCAUCCACAACACUGCCAAACAGGCUGCCCAGGCCUUUUUGGAGAGGAUCUCGCUGUGGAUGUUGGAUAUUGGUUUAAAGGAAGCACCAAUCGCAAAGGUUACCUAA